AAGCCGCUGUGGAGUGGCCGCCGGUUCCAGGAACACAGCUGCCAGCUGUCUCACUUUUUUUGGGCUGUCCGCCCCCGGUUGCCGGUGUGUGGUCUGUCUGUUUAAAAGAAGCUUUGUUUCCCCUCACUUCUUUUUUCGAACUCUCCUCAUCAUCUCUCAUCACCAUCUUCUUCUUUUCUUAAUUGAACAAGAAAGACCCAUCUCCACUCUUCCUUUUCUCUCUUCCUCUUCACACAUACACACACAUAUACACAAUGGCUUCCAGAGCUUUCUCCAAGACCAUGCGCGCCUCCAUGGCCCGCCAAUUGGUCGCCCCCGUCCAGCAGCGCGCCGCCUACUCGGUCGCCCGCUCUGCUCUCCGUGCUGCCGUCACCGCCCGCCCUGCCGGUCCUCAGCGCCAGCAGGUCCGUGGUGUCAAGACCAUGGACUUUGCCGGCCACAAGGAGGAGGUCUACGAGCGUGCCGACUGGCCCCAGGAGAAGCUCCUCGAGUACUUCAAGAACGACACUCUUGCCCUCAUUGGCUACGGCUCCCAGGGCCACGGCCAGGGCCUGAACCUCCGCGACAACGGCCUCAACGUCAUCAUUGGUGUCCGCAAGAACGGCAAGUCGUGGCAGGACGCCAUCCAGGACGGCUGGGUCCCCGGCAAGAACCUGUUUGAGGUCGACGAGGCCAUUGGCAAGGGUACCAUUAUCAUGAACCUUCUCUCUGACGCCGCCCAGUCCGAGACCUGGCCCGCCAUCAAGCCCCAGCUCGUCAAGGGCAAGACCCUCUACUUCUCCCACGGCUUCUCGCCCGUCUUCAAGGACCUUACCAAGGUCGAGGUCCCCACGGACAUUGACGUCAUCCUCUGCGCCCCCAAGGGCUCUGGCCGCACUGUCCGCUCUCUCUUCCGCGAGGGCCGCGGCAUUAACUCCUCCUUCGCUGUCUUCCAGGACGUCACUGGCCAGGCCAAGGAGAAGGCCAUUGCCAUGGGUGUCGCUAUUGGCUCUGGUUACCUCUACGAGACUACCUUUGAGAAGGAGGUCUACUCUGACCUCUACGGCGAGCGUGGCUGCCUCAUGGGCGGUAUCCACGGCAUGUUCCUUGCCCAGUACGAGGUCCUCCGUGAGCGCGGCCACUCUCCCUCUGAAGCCUUCAACGAGACUGUCGAGGAGGCCACUCAGAGCUUGUACCCCCUGAUUGGUGCCAACGGCAUGGACUGGAUGUUCGAGGCCUGCUCUACCACUGCCCGCCGUGGUGCCAUCGACUGGACCCCCCGCUUCAAGGACGCCCUUAAGCCUGUCUUCGACGACCUCUACACCUCCGUCAAGGACGGCUCCGAGACCAAGCGCUCCCUCGAGUACAACAGCCAGCCCGACUACCGCCAGCGCUACGAGGCCGAGAUGGAGGAGAUCCGCAACCUCGAGAUCUGGAGAGCCGGCAAGGCCGUCCGCUCUCUCCGCCCCGAGAACCAGAAAUAAGCUAGUCUACGCUGAUUACAGCAGAUGAGCACAACAACCAAAAAGCAUAACGAAGAAAAAAAAAUGGGAAAAGGAUAUACCAUCAUUGUACACAAAGCCGCUCUCGUUUUGAGAAGUGGCGCAUGUUUCGCCGCAAACAUGGCACAAAAAACCAGGACUGUUUUGUUUUGUUUAUUUGUUUUAUAGUCUAAUACCUGGCAUUGCUGUGUAGCAUAUGAAUUCAAAAAAAAGUUGAAUCGUACCAAUCUCUCUUAUCGUGA